AUGCCUCGAGGAUUUUUGGUGAAGAGAAACCGGCGCUGCUCGGCGUCAUAUCGGCCACGAAAUAACGGUAAUAACAAAUCUGUAACAUAUGAUCGUGACAGGAACAGCAGCGACAACUCUGAAGCGACCAAACCGCAGGCGGUGAAGGAGAACGAUGUGCUGGGUCUCUUCCCGUUUGAAAGACAAGAUGGAUUGCUCCCGGUGUCCCGCGAGGACUCCGCCGGUGUGAGAGAGGCGUGGAGCCCGCACGUGGAGUCCGCGCUGGAGGCUGAGGCGGAUCGGCGCGCGCAGUUACCGGAGACCGAGGAGCAGGUGAGCGAGGUGGACGUUUUGACCCCUGAUGGUGAUUUCUCCUGCUUUUUCCCUCCUCCUCCUCCACCACCACGCGACUUGACAUUAGCGGAGUCCUGCAGUCCAGUCAAACCAGUCGGCACGAGACUGCUGGAACAGCACGGGGAAGGAGAGAAGCAACCGUUGUUCCCCGGCAGGUGCUUAACAUCACCCCCGGUGUCGGAGUUACCGGAGCUGCCGUUCCUGGUGAGCUCCACGCCAACCUCGGUGUCUAGUUCUAUCGAGAGGCUACUCGCAAGCAGCAGCCGCCACCACGCGCCAUCCUACGGUCACGGUGACAAGUAUGACCCGAGUAUGACUCACGUGCACCUGUUCCCGCCACUAACACUGAUGAACCAGGAUCGGCACCACGCAGCGAGAAAACGCUCGUUCCUUGAACCGGAUCAACGCUUGAACGGCAACAGACACAACAAACCGUCAGCGGGAAACUCGUCAAAGAAACCCAAAGUGAACCGGAAACUUAACUUCGAGGAUGAGGUCACGACCUCGCCGGUUUUGGGUCUGCGGAUCAAGAAGGAGAGCCCCGAGCUGAGGAGGCAGCGGGAGAAGUCGUCCGCCCCCACCGGGAAUCAACCGCUGGGAGAGUUCAUCUGCCAACUUUGUAAAGAGGAGUACCCCGACCCCUUCUCCCUCGCGCAGCACAAAUGCUCCCGCAUUGUGCGCGUGGAGUACCGGUGUCCCGAGUGCGACAAAGUCUUCAGCUGUCCCGCCAACUUGGCCUCCCACCGCCGUUGGCACAAACCCCGCCCGGUAACCAACCAAGCAGGAGAGACUCCGACAAACAAGAGCCAGCCAUUAAAAGAGGCACGAGGGCUCAUUCAGCACGAGAGGCAGCCGGUGGAGCUGGAGGGCAAAGAGAACGACCUGCUGCGCAUCAACACUAAUCAGCACCACAGAGCCCUGGACAGCUCCCGCAUCAGGCGCGAGCCGUCCCUGCUUCUGCUCCACGGUCGGUCUCGGGACAGCCCCGACAGCGAGAGCCUCGCGCCUCCUCACUAUGAUUCGUCGCCUCAUUACCGGAACCCGGGGGAGAGCUGUCUGGACCUGCAGCAGCAGGUGAGAGCGGCGGACAGCCCGCCAUCCAGCCUCCUUCUACUGAACGGCAACCCAGACGAGCGCGCGGACCUGCCGCAGCAGCAGCCGCCGUCACUCUCGCAUCCUCCUUUACCUUUCGUCCAGUCGUUACCGGAGGAGGAGGUGUACGAGUGCCGGUACUGUGGGAAGAAAUUCCGCCGACAGGCUUACCUCAAGAAACACCUGGCUGCGCACGAGAUGACAGCGCGAGCUUCUCCGCCUCCAUCAUCUUACGGUCAGGCGCGCGAGAACAGUGGCGGACAGGGCCAGGUGUUCUUGUGUCACUUGUGCGGCGCGCGCUUCCCGUCGGUCGAAAUCAGGGACAAGCACCGUCUCUGGCACGCGAUGAGGGACGAGUUACUGGCGGGGACACUGGGAGGAGGACUCAGACCAGAAAUGUUCCACGCGCACAGAGAAGAGAGCGGCGCCGGGGAAUGCGAGCAGCAGCAGCAGCAACAGAUCUUCACGUGCAAGCACUGUCCGUCUACAUUCUUCAGCUCCCCGGGGCUCACGAGACAUAUCAAUAAGUCUCAUCCCACCGAGAAUCGGCAGGUGAUGCUGCUGCAGAUGACCGUGCGCCCGUAA